UCUUGUCGAAAACAUUCAAGAUCUACAAUACUCAACCACCGAAAAACCCAAAAAAAAAAACACAACAUGAUGAACCCUAAGCUUUACUUCGCGUUUGCCUUAGCCGUCGCGUUUCUAAUCGCACACGCGACUGGUACCGCGGUCCGCGACGUUGACGGCGAUCUCCUAAGACCCGGCGUCGGCUACUACGUCCUCCCUGUACUCCGUGGCCACGGUGGCGGCCUGACGCUCGCCGGUCGCGGCAGCGAGCUCUGUCCACUCGACAUAGUACAAGAAAAUUCCGAAGUCGACGAUGGCAUUCCCGUAAAAUUUUCGGGCUGGACAUCUAGGGUUGGUUUCGUACCAGAGUCCGAGGAUCUCAACAUCAAGACCGACGUCGCAGCCACGAUUUGCAUUCAGUCCACGUAUUGGUGGAUCGACGAGUUCGACAAACAGAGGAAACAGUGGUUCGUAACAACGGGCAAUGCUCUGAGGAGGUCGGGAAAGGAAUCGCUGAGGAGUUUCUUCAAGAUCGUGAAAUCGAGAAAUGAUUAUAAGUUUGUGUUUUGUCCCCGAGAUUGCGAGUUCUGCAGGCCGAUUUGCGGCGAUGUCGGGAUAUUCGUGGAUGAAAACGGCAUUCGGCGUUUGGCGUUGAGCGACCAACCGUUCGUGGUUAUGUUCAAGAAGGCUACUAAAGAGACAGAGAGUGUUUCGAAGACGGUGUGAAGAGGAGGACAAAGAAACACCCAAUAAUAAAAAAAAAAAUCAAAUUAUAUGAUUUACGUUUAUUACAUGUUAGUAGUACAAGUCUACGCAUAGAAUAAAUAAAAUCCUUGGUGUUCAUUUCCAGCAAAUUUGGAAGUAACAACUUUCACCAAAA